AUGCACAAGAUCUCGCAGUUCACAGGCUCAGCGCGGCAUGGCUGGGACCGGGUCACGCAGCCGACCUUUGGCAUGUCACGUCCGCAGCACCAACACCAGCACCAGCAGCCCGACAACCACAAUCCGAUGCUGAAACGUUCCCUCGCCGGCUCCAGCAUGAGCCCUAACCCGGCGGUACCCGGUCAUCCCGUCAACCUGUCCUUCAAUGUGCCCUUCAGCUCGAACUUGCCGGGUCCGGACAAGGAGGACAUCCUGUACAGCAGCACCGGCGCUUACCAGCGAUGGAUCCAUCCCGAGGGCGCCGAAGAGGCCCCAAAUCACGCGCUGCCUGUCCACACGCGGAAUGUCGAGAACCUGCGCAGUCUGUGCCGGCAGCUGAGUGAAAGCAGUGGGGAGCGGCUCCAGGCCACCGUCACGUCCUCGAAGCCGAAGCCUGUGCCCGGUAUGCAGCGUGGUCCACUGACCGCUCUCGUCACCAAUGUUUGCAUAUCAGGAGACUCCGACAUAGUGCACAAGAUGCGGGCCAAGGUCUUGAACGAGACGCCCAUCACGCUGCGCUGUGAGUCCAUUGAUAUCGACCGUGAGAUCGUGUUCCCCAAAGGCCAGGAAGGCGCUAGAGCCGACAUUCUGCACCACAUGGACGAGAUCGCCGAUCAGACCAAGGCCGACAUCUUCCUGCUCGAGUCCAAGGCGAAGAGAAAAGACUCGGACUCGGCAAGCUUCAGUGGUGGCAUGGAGAAGAGCAUGGACAACAGACUCAGGAUACAUGUUUACGGUGACAAUGAGAGCUCGGAGAACGCGAAGACGAGACUGCUCAUCAUGAUUGACCAGAUUCUCCAGCGUUUAGUCGAUACCAUUCGGCUUGAGCUCUCUCUGCACAGUCUGAUAUCCGGACGCCACAGAAGGAAUAUCAAGUUGAUUGAGUCUGCCACUGGCACGGCCAUAUACUUCCCCCCGAUGUUCCCAACCGUGUUCGGAUACACACCUCCAGGAUCGGUUCCACUCCGAAGCCGGGACGAGAUCAUCAUCACGGGUGAUAAGAUGGACAGCAUUCUCCAGGCGAAGCAAAGGCUACAUGACCAUGUUCUCAGCACGAAGACGUUUGUCAAAGACGUGCAGAUCACGACCAGCAAGGUGGACUACAUCCUGCUGGAGCGACUGGACAAGAUUCGCAGGAUUAUCGAGGCAAAUGGCUCAUACGUGCUACUCCCACCGCUCGGCAACCACAGUGGUGUCUUGCGAGUGCAGGCCACUGACAUCUUGAACGUGGAGCGUACCGUUCGCGAAAUCAUGGGCCUUGCUGGGCAGUUUUACAGUGCUUCUUGGUGGGUCACGCACCCUGAUCCGUCUCAGCGACAGCCAACACCUUCGGACAUCCGUGCUAUGCUGCCCGAUAUCUGCAUCAACUCUGGAGCAGAGAUCACCUUUGAGAAGCUCAACUUUCACAUUAAUGGCAGCGACGAUGCUGUCAAGGCAGCCAUGUCCAUCAUCAAUACUCUGCCUUUCGUGAAAAAGGCGCAAUCGACGCUUCGCGUCAAGGUUGAGCUUGCCAAUGAGCAUAAGGAGUUUGUUAGUGGCAAGAAGAAUGGCAAGAUCAACAAAAUUAUGAGCCAAAGCAAUGUGCAGAUUGUGUUUGAUGGCUUCAACGAGUACAACUUCUACAUCGAUGUCCGCGGAGCACGGUACGAAGCGACAAAGAAUGGACUGGACCUGGUUGAGUUGGAGAUGCCAGCUUCGAUCUCAUUCCAUGUGCCUGAUCAAUACCACAAACGCAUCAUUGGCAUUGGCGGUCAGCACAUCCAGCGAAUCAUGAAGAAGUAUUCGGUGUUUGUCAAGUUCAGCAAUGCCAUGGAUCGAGGCGGCAUUGGCAAGGACGACGAUGAUAUCAAAGUGGACAAUGUCAUCUGCCGUACACCGGCUCGCAACGCCGACAACCUCGAGCUGGUCAAGGCAGAGAUCAUGGACAUGGUUGAGAAGGUUGACGCGGAGUUCGUUUCUGAGCAAAUCCCUGUUGACCGUCUCUUUCACCGCGAGCUCAUUGCGAGAAUGCCCGAGAUCGAAGAGCUUGAGAAGAAGUGGAAUUGCAAGAUCACGUUCCCUGGCACUGAGCAAGCAAGCGAUAUCAUUACAGUCUCUGGUCCUGAGUAUCAGGUGCCACAGGCUGUGGAUGAGUUUUUGGGCAUGGUGCCAGAAAGUCACGAGAUUGAGUUUCCUUCAACAGACGAACUUCGAAGCUUCGUGACAUCCAAGGAGUUCACCGACGACACCAUUCGUAAGCUCAAAGAUCAGUAUGUUGUUGAGGUCACGGCUUGUGAGCCAAGGACCGAGAAGCAAGAUGACAAAACGGUCACGAUGGAACGAUUGAAACUCAAUUACACCCGCAACAAUGCUGGCGGGCUCAAGGAUGCCAUCGAUUUCCUGCUCAUGCCGUUCAUCGCCCGUGGUCUGGACGCCGCUGCAGUAAAAGGUGCAAUUCCUCGGCCGAAAUCGGACUCAUUUGAAGACAACAUGCCUUACUUCGAGUCGAAGCUUCUGCAAAGAGCAGAGGCCCCAUUGUCAACCGAGUCGCCAACCCGCACGACCUUCGACGGCGGCGACAGCUCGUCACGCUCCAUAUUCGACAAGCUUAGAAAGCCAGGCAGCAUGUCCUCCUUCACCUCUUUCAUGGAGCGCCGCAGGAAGAACGGAACUAACUCACCUGCUUCACUCUUCAUGCAUGCUUCGAGCAACGCUUCGAAAGCAUCUCUCGUUAGCAUGGAGUCUCGUGAUUCUGGCUAUCGCAAUCCCUGGAAUGACUCUGGCAUCGAUCUUGACCACGAUCAACAGAACGGCCACAACCAUGCUAACAGCUGGGGUUCUUUUGGCGGAUCUUCCCGACCAAACACCUCAUCGAAUUCUCUUUCAGGCGCAUUUGAGGCAAACUUUCCUUUUGGCGCAAAUGGUAAUGCGUCUACGAGUUCUCUAACGACACCUAUACCCGGUCUCGGUAUGGUCCAACACGGCAGCGCGACCGGCGGCGCCAGCUCGACCAACGGCGAUGUGACACCCAAGUACGAUGCCCACAAAGAUGGUUUCUUAGGCAAUAACGGAAAGGGCAGCUCCACGUCGACGGAAAGUCAGCAGGCGCCGAUCUCGCGUCCGAGUUCGACCACCACCGCGGCCACCAAUACUUCUGCGAGUACAUCUUCAGGAUACCCGGCCUCCGGGCCUACGCAUUGA